AGAGCGCAGCGGCGGUCCAGUCGUCUCCACCAGCAGAGGUGCACCACCGCUCCCUCAGACAAGAGCUGUGAGGACGCCACCAUGGAGAUGAAGAGUAUCCUGAAAACUGCUAAAAGAGUGGACACGCUGAAGCUGGGUGACAGCAGCAGCACCCAGAGCAGCACCAUCGGGGCCGUACGCUGGACGCUGCCCGAGGAGGACGUCCAGAUUCACAGCUCGGCCCCCAGCAGAGGCGCCAACAACCUCACCAAACACACGCAACAUCCUCGUCAGAACGGUCUGAAGGAUCUACGCAGCCUGCAGGAGUGUGUGCAGUUCAUCCAUCACUGGAAGGAGCAGGUGGAUCAAGUCUGCAAGGGCAGUGGUGAUCCAGAGGAGGGCACCAGUAAGAAAGACUCCCAGAGUUCAGACAGCCGCGCCGAGCGCAGUCUCGAGGAGAGCAGGAAGCUGAUCCUGGAGUGGGUCGACGAGCUCCACCAUGUCGACAAGCUCCUGAAGGAGAAGCCCUGGGCAUCAGAGAGUGAAGAGAAUGAAAAUAAAGAAGAGGAUGCCAAUGAGAAUGCACAAAUGAGGAUCAUGGAGUGGGCAAAGGAGCUGCAAAAGGCGACUGAGAGCUGCGGUGUUGAGCGCGACGAGGUGGGUAAAGUGUUGCGUCAGCUCGGCCUGAAGAAGAAACGUCUGGUUAACCUGCUGCCUCUGCUGGAGUUCAUCACCUGGUCUCUGCUCAAAGAGGACUGCACGAAAAUGAUUCCACAGUUGUGGUUACUGGCAAAGCAAAGGACCUGGAAAGCAGGAAUUCCAAGAUACAUCCCCAACUCAGUUUGGACUUGGAUUUGCAGUGCAGCAGCUGAUGUGAUUCUGGACCCAAUGACCAACCACCCCUGGCUGCAGCUGUCAGAGAACCAGCGUAUGGUCCAGGAGGGCCACUCGGAGUCCGACCUGCCUCACAACUUGCAGCGCUUCGACGGCUGGCCCUGUGUGCUGGGCUGGGAGGGCUACAGCAGCGGCCGCCACUACUGGGAGGUAGACAUAGCCAAAAAUGGCUACUGCCGCGUGGGUCUGACCACUGCCGACUCCAAGCGCCAGGGCCGGUUCCCCAUGACCCCUAAGCAGGGCUAUUGGGUCUUGUGGCGCAGCACAAACCAGUUCUACGCCUGCACCAAGCCGGAGACUCCACUGCCCGUCGGCCUCAUGCCUCGACGCAUGGGGAUCUACUUACACUACGAAGAGGGCCAGAUCUCCUUCUACAACGCAGAAACAAAGUUCCACAUCUACACCUUCACUGGAAGCUUCAGAGGGAAGCUGUACCCUCUUUUCGCCCCGCUGGAUGGUCGCACAUGCAUGACCAUCCAGCAAAUAAAUACGAAAAUAGAUGAGCCUUGACGACUCUUAUUGGACGCUUGGAAGAAUUCACUUUGACUUGAACAAAAAUCGCAUUGAAACCUUACGGAAAAUCUGCACGAAGAUGAAGAUUCUUUUCGAAAAGCGGCGUCAUCAAUUCGAUUUAACUGAAAAGCACGAGCUCUGACUUUCAAAAGCACACAAAUAUUUGGAAUUUUACAUGAAUUUUCCUUCUCUGAAUGUUGCUUUAAAUAUGUCUGUCAAUUUCUGGCCUUUAAGCUGAAUUUUAAAUCUCUUAUGUGUCGGACUUUGAACAGUGGGAGACUCAUUAACAAAGACUGAACUACAGUAUAUCAAAGUGCUGAUGAUAGAUGUAUCUGAUCAUACCACUCCGAAAAUUAUCUAAAAAAUCUGCAAUGAUUUUAAGACAAGUGUUAUCAGACCACGAGAAACAAAAACUUGGGAGUAAAUAAAAGUAUUUAUUUUUUUUAAAAGCACAUUCUACAUCUAGAUACAUGCAUGCAGUUUAUAAUGCACUUUCAGAUAUGAACACAAUAAAUAUGAUGUCUUUCAUUCUCAUCUAUGACAUACAU